GACACGUGACUCAAAACUUUGUGUCGCGGAGUCGGACUCGCGGCCGAGGAAGAUGAACAUGUUACACUCAAAACAAACGCAACGAAGGCCUUUCGUCUCAAAAGCAAUUAGUUGUCGUUCUCCUGGCGGCUUGCCUCAAGCGAGUCGAGAUUCGUAUCUUGCCUCUUGCCUUCACUGGUAUACGACUCCCUUGUAAUUACCGUGCACGUGUUUUCGUACAGUCCAGUUAACGUUAGUUGGGUGCAUAACCGCUAUUUCUUAGUAUUUCAACUAUUUGGACUACAGUUGUUCUUCACGGUAAUACUUUUGACUAAUGACGACUGAAGCGCUAAUUAAAGAAGGUCAGGAUCGACGUAAGGCAGUGGAGGGGAGCCUGAAUUCUGCGCAGAAAUGCACAUUUCAAAUUCACACCUUCUGCCAAAGAUGCUGUGAUCGUGGUGGCGGGGGCUGCAUUAUGUUCAAGGAGAUUAACCCCGAAGACGCUAACGUGUAUGUAUUCGCUGCUCCUGCUCAUUUGAUAUACUGCUUCAAGUGUGGGCAUGCAGCGCGCACACAGCCUCAGGGCACACACAAGGAGAAGCGGGGGUCUUGGUACCGUAUGACGCAGAUCGUAUUAGACUGGCCCAAGAACCAAGACCAGCCGCUCAGAACACUUCAAGGGCCUGAUGUGUGGGUAGGUGAGAACAACGAGUAUGGGUGGCUGGCAGUCUCGGACCAGUACAAGGAGUACACACCUGGCAACAAUGGUUACAUUGGGAGAUACAACCAUCAGUUUGUGCAUGAUUAUGGCCUUAUUGCUGUGCGAAAGAAUAAAGUUGCGGAGAGGUACAAGAAGUGUCUGCCAGAGCUAGAGGAGAUGAUAGCCGUUGGGGACAUGGACAGUGAUAACCAGCAGGAUGUGUAUGUCGCAAAAGCAUUUGUCUGUGGCUACCCAGACCAGGUCAAUAAAUUACCUGCGGCUGGAUUGUACAUGAUCCCCGAGAGUGAGUUGGUUGCUUAUGAUCAAAACCAGUCACGGGGUAGUCCUGAGAAGCGAUUCGAAAGUGAGCGAAAAACAGCUGCUCUGUACCCAAUGCCUCAACAACACCGCUCUGAUCGCCAAGACGGAACGAACGAUGGGCGUGACGAUGAUGCAAGGGAGGACGUGAAACGCGUCCUCUUUCGCCAUUACAUUGACACGACAGGCGGAAAUUCCGGAUCUCUUAUCUACUCGGAGAAUAGCAGUAGUGCAGGUAUCUGUGAAUACCGUGCGGAUGGCAUGCAUCUCGGCUUCUGGGAAUAUUGUAUUGAUGGCACGAAAUACAAUGAUGGCACGAAAUACAACCCCAACAUCGGAAUUCGACUCCAUGCCAUCCUGCCAGCUCUCAGACAACUGUACAAAGCGAAUCACAACACGAAGCCAAACGAGACAACCGCAGAUGGCGCAGAGGGAUCGCGGAAGAUGAAGCCUCGGAAAGCACCGGGUUCAUUUCAAAGUGAUCGCUACUAUGUUAAGGUAGAUAGGACAGCGUCUAAACUUGGAGAAGGAUGUUCCUCAACUGUCUGGCCGUGCACAAUCUCCGGAGCCCCAGCGGCUCUAAAGCAAUACCGGCGAAGUGAUCAAUGGCAGCGCAAAGAGGCCCAUAUACUAGCCAGGGCUAACCAUCCCAACAUUGUGCGUUAUUUCUGCGACUCGGACCAGCUUGACAUUGUUCUGGAGAGACUUUGCUAUAACCUACAAACUUGGUAUAGCAUGCAGCCACUACCCAUCACACAGUUGGCCCUAGUUCAAGUAUUUCAAAUUGCUCGCGAUGUAUUGUGCGGCUUAAAUCACCUUCACUCCGAAGCUCACCGGAUUCUUCAUCGCCAAACGACAACGGAGCAUGUGCUGUUGGAUAAAGGAGGUCAAGCCAAGCUUGGUGGCUUUGGCGCUGCCAAGUAUCUGCCAGAAGGGGCUGCCUGUGUAACUUGUGACCAAGAGGACUGCAACAAAUUCAUGUCCAGGUAUGUACCUCCGGAAGCCAGGAUUAACACAGGAGGUGAAGAUGAACAGCCCGUGGCUGCCUAUUACCCUGCGUCGGAUGUGUUCCAGGUUGCGGUGAUGUUCAUGGUAAUGGUCCUAAGGUGCGAGCCAAGUGAAUCCGACGUUGAUGACGGCCACCAAGGCGCUUUAAGGAAACUCAAAGCAGGGCUACCAGAGGCUGAUUUGAUCAUACCGUGCAUCAAACGCUGCCUUGAGCAAUCACCUGGAAAGCGCGUCGAGUUGGAAUACUUGAUGAGCACAUUCAAUCAGCCGAUCGAACUACCAUCAGAGUUCAGUAAGCUCAAUCAACAGAUCCACCUAGGAACAUCACCAGAGUCCAGUGAGCACCUCGCUGUGAACUCUCCAGCACCGUUUGUGGAAGAAAGCCUAGCUGCAAUGCAACUGGCCAGUGAUCAAGAUCCAGCUGGCGUACCGUUAAGCGAACGACCAGUGACCAGCCCACAUCAAUGUGUGCCUUUGGACGAAGCACAUGCUGCAGCUGCACAGACAACUCUGACAGAUGAAGAGACUGGCAAUUUGGCACAUGUCAAACAACAGAUGCAAGAGCAACGUGACCAAACCAGUCAGCCAGAUCAAAAAGAUCACUUUCAGGGCCCCAAAUGAAGUGCUACAAUCAUCAAGUCGAGUGGAGAGAUGGUUAUGGGCGUCCGGUCUGUCCUCCGCUCAUGAUGAAUGGCUUAGAAACCAUGGCACCACAGCCCUAGUUUGUAUGCCAUGCGUAUCAGCCUCUCAGGCUCUAGGCAUUUUGACUUCUUCUUCCUCCUCCCUCUCUGCUUUCAACCUUCAGCAUGUAAAAUCAUCCUCAAUUUUAGACUUUUUUUGAACGGUUUUAAACGUCAAAUAAAUUCUGCUGCUCCCCCCCCCCCCCCACACCCCCUCUCCAUACACACGCAAAUUCGCACUAGCAUUUUUUCUAGUUCAAUAACAGCUCACCUACUAGAUGUCUGCUCCAGCUCCCAAAUUGUUAGAUCAUCGAUUCUGCUUAACCAAUUCUCCCCCAGUCUAUUCCAUGAGGUUAUCCAUUGUAUAGGCGGUUGUUACGCGGACGUGUGAACUUUUUUUUAUCCAAUAGACCUGGCAGCAGCCGCAGGAGCUUUUGCGAUACAUGCUCAUUUCGGUUCCAUCUUGCCUGCGUCUACUGCACACUGGAGUAGACUAUAAUCUUACUGCACGUGUGUUUUUUCUCCUUUGUGUGCAAUGCAGCCGUUGAGUGGCGAUCAGUGUUGCUGGCAACAGUCAUAUUUUAGAAUGAAGCUGCAUGAAGAGUAGAUCAUUCAAGAUUUUACGUAUUUCCUCGUUUUCUUUUUCUCGCUAUGCUCGCCGAAAUUACAUUUACAAGUACAUGCUUAUUGGCUUAUGCCGACAUGAUACUCAAAUAAUAAUAAUUUAACUUUAAUUUAACUUCUCACCUUCUCUUUCUUUCUUUCCUUUUGUUUUUCUCCCCUCUUGCAUAAUUAUUAUUCCUUCGCUUACCACUUACUUCGAAGUAGCUGUUACGGUUCCCACCCCUGUGAUGCUACAUGUGUUUAUCCGUACUUUUCAUUGGUGCUAGUUGCUUGGAAUUCGAAGAGAAUGCGCGAAAACUGUUUUGUGGAAAAACGUU